AUAAAGAGAAUGUACAAUUUGUAUUUUUCAGAUUAUAUAGUUCUGGCAAUGAACGAGAAAUCAGAGAAAUCAGUGACAGAGAGACAAAGCGAUACACAAGAUGGAAUCAAAGCAGAGAUACCCAAAGAGGAGAGCCCCAAAGCACAGAAACAGCUGCAAGUGGAGCGGCAGCUGAAAUGUUUGGCCUUUCAAAACCCGGGGCCCCAGGUGGCAGAUUUCAAUCCAGAGAACCGAAUGCGGAAGAAGAAAGAGUGCAUGUCUCAGCUGAAUGGAUACUAUUCCACUAACAAGGUUUCUGUAAAGAAGUACGACAAGCAAGGCAAAUUGCUGUGCAAUAACAUAGAUCUGUGUGAUUGCUUGGAAGAGAGCUGCCAAGGAUGCUUCUAUCCAUGCCCCAAAUGUAGCUCCACCAAAUGUGGCCCUGAGUGCCGCUGCAACCGAAAGUGGGUAUAUGACAGAAUACAGGUAGAGGGUGGCGCUGUCAUAAGCAAACUGCCAUUCUCUGUUCCUAACUAAUAGAAGACUUCUUUACAGUGUGUGCUUGUUCAUCUUCAUUCUGAUUGGCUUUAAAAGGAACUGUUUAAAAA